UUGAACGCAGCUAAAAAGUGAAAUCAUGCCAAAUCUAGCAAUAAUUUUGGACGCGUGGAGUGAAACGUCAGCCACGUACGAACGACUGUCAUAUGCCAUUCACAACUUUACGGGACAUUUUAUUUAGAAAAACGAUAUAAGUGAGAAAUAAGACAGAAUGACCGCGAAAAUUCUAUACCUGGUGCUGUUCAUCGUUGCGGCGGUGUCGGCUGACGACGAGCCGGCGGUGGCGAGGUUAUUAGUAUCAAAACAAGUGCUGAACAAAUACUUGGUAGAAAAUAUGGACAUUUUAGUGAAAUACACCCUGUACAACGUCGGCACGGCGCCUGCUGUAGACGUGAAGCUGGUCGACAACGGGUUCCACCCUGAAGUGUUCACGGUGGCGGGCGGGCAGCUUAGCGCGGAGAUCGACAGAAUCGCGCCACAGACGAAUGUAUCGCAUGUCGUGACGGUGCGCUCCAACCGCUACGGGUACUUCAACUUCACCUCCGCUGAGGUCACGUACAAGCCCAGCGAGGAUGCUACUGAGGUCCAAUUCGCAAUCAGCAGUUCUCCUGGAGAGGGCGCUAUCGUCGCCUUCAAAGAUUACGACCGCAAAUUCUCCUCUCACAUCCUCGACUGGGCGGCGUUCGCAGUCAUGACUCUGCCAUCUCUCGCGAUUCCAUUCGGCCUUUGGUACUCGUCGAAGAGCAAAUACGAAAAACUCUCAAAGCCUAAGAAGGGUCAUUAGUUUAGUUCUAGUUAGUUAACUGUUGAUAAUGUUUUAUGUACUUGAAAUAAUGAAUCAUCCUACUAAAAGCGUUUGAGCUUAGUUUUUGCACUAAGCUCAAUAUUGUGAGCUUGGUUUGAAUUAAGCUCAAUGAUACGAGCUUAGUUUGAAUAAAGAAUUUGUAUGGAAUAUUAAUAAUUGUGUAUUUUUUGACAUUUGAAGUGUUUUGAAGUUUGAUAAAAUAUACAAAUAAUGUGAUCAAUUAAUUUGUGUAAAUACUCAAUAUGAAUCGAAUUUACAGGGUGCAUAGAACAUUAGCAGCGGUCCUCAUUUCCUCAUUAGUGUCGUUUCACCCACAUUUUAAUUGUUAAUAUAAUUUAUAUGAACAAUAAAACAAAAGAUUUUUAUAGUA